GAAAAAAAAGUUAGGUUAUUUGUCAAAAUUCAUUCACAAGUUGGGAUUUUUUAGUGAGGGAAAAUAAUGCUAAAAUCUCUACAAAUUGGGAUAAGACGGCAGCUUGGCUCGCCGACACUAUGCAGAAGUCGGACUGCUAUCGCGGAGUGGCCCCAAAACUCAAACGAAGUUAAUGCCCCAAAGAGUAAAAUAGAAAUCGUUGAUCCGUUGACACAUCCGGAUUACUUCAAUGUUCACAACCUCUUUACGGUGCGAGAUUUAUUUAAUGCCCGAGUACACUAUGGUCACAAGAUCGGCUCAUUGGAUGAUCGCAUGAAGCCAUACAUCUAUGGAUCUCGCUUGGGACACUUAAUUUUCGAUUUGGACCAGACAGCUUGUCAUCUUCGUGAAGCACUCAACUUUGCUGCACACAUUGCCUACAAUGACGGUUUAAUCCUCUUUCUGUACCGUGGAGCCCUCAAUGCACAUCUUGUUGAGAAGACAGCUUUGGAGUGCGAGGAGUUCUCCCACACACGCUACUGGCGCGGGGGUGUCUUCACAAAUGCCAAAGUUCAAUUUAAGGCAGUCACGAGACUUCCGGAUCUCUGCAUUUUCCUCAAUACACUCAACAACGUGAUGACCCAGCACACGGCUGUGAGAGAUUCAGCCAAAAUGUCCAUCCCAACUAUUGGGGUAGUUGAUACAAAUUGCAAUCCCAAUCUCAUAACGUACCCUGUGCCGGGUAAUGAUGACUCUCCGGCAUCAAUUGAAUUGUACUGCAGGGUAUUCAAGGAGGCUAUUAUGCGUGGGAAGCAGAAAAGGAAGAAACACAUGGAGAUUCUACAGCGACAAGAUUCCCAAAUGGAAAAUCCAAAUACAAAUGAGAAGAUUUUAGAAAAUGCUUGAAAGUUGUAAAGUAAUAUUUGUAAGAGAUAAAUAAUAUACGUUUUACGUAUUAUAUUAGUAAAA